AUGGGUGGGAUUAGGAAGACCACUCUCGCUCAACUUAUUUACAAUGAUAGUGUCAUGGAGCUACAUUUUGACUUUAAAGUAUGGGUUUGUGUUACAAAUGACUUUGACAUUUUCAAUGUAACAAAAACAAUUGCUAAGAAAGUGAUCACUUCCCAAAGAUUUGACAAUGAUGACUUGAAGAGAGACUUCACUUCCUUGACAUUUGACAAUGAAGACUUGGAUUUUCUUCAAGUUAAAUUGAAGGAGGCUUUGAAAGGAAGAAAGCUUUUGCUUGUGUUGGAUGAUAUUUGGAUUGAAAAUUAUUCUCUUUAG